GCGGGCAGAGCGGAGGGGACUCAUGGCGCUGCGGAGGGCGCUGAGCGCGGCGGGGCGCAGGUGUGCUCAGCGCCUCUGCUCCUCGGCCUGGGGUGACACCAUCUUCGCCGUGUCGUCGGGGCACGGCCGGUGCGGGGUGGCCGUGAUCCGGACCAGCGGCCCCGGCAGCCGCGGGGCCCUGCAGAGCCUCACGGGGCGGCCCCCGCUGCCCCCGCCCCGGGUCCUGGCCCUGCGGCGCAUCCGGGACCCCGGCACCGGGGAGACCCUCGACCGUGGCCUCGUUGUCUGGUUCCAAGGACCACAGAGCUUCACUGGGGAGGACUGUGCUGAGCUGCACGUGCACGGGGGGCCGGCAGUGGUGAGCGGGGUGCUGCGGGCGCUGGGGACCCUGCCCGGCCUGCGUCCUGCCGAGCCCGGGGAGUUCACGCGCCGAGCGUUCCGGCGUGGGAAGCUGGACCUGACGGCGGCCGAGGGGCUGGGGGACCUCAUCCGUGCCGAGACCGAGGCGCAGCGGAGGCAGGCGCUGAGGCAGAUGGAGGGGGAGCUGGGCCGGCUCUACCAGCGCUGGAGCGAGACCCUCACCCAGGUACAGGCUCUCGCCCACCUUGAAGCCUAUAUUGACUUCAGUGAGGAUGACAACGUGGAGGAAGAGGUCUUGUCCCAAGUGGAUGCCACCGUGCGGGCGCUGGAGCAGGAGAUUGGCUCUCACCUCCAGGAUGGGCGCCGGGGGGAGCUUCUGCGGGGGGGCGUCCACGCUGUCAUCGCCGGCCCCCCCAAUGUGGGCAAGAGCAGCCUACUCAACCUGCUGUGCCAGCGUCCGGCAGCCAUCGUGUCACCGGUGGCAGGGACAACACGGGACGUGGUGGAGGUGGCCCUGAACGUUGGUGGUUACCCACUGGUGCUGAGCGACACAGCCGGGCUCCGCGAUGCCACCGACCCCGUGGAGCAGGAGGGGGUCAGCCGUGCUCGGGACCGGCUGCAGGAAGCAGACCUGGUGCUGGCUGUGCUGGACGCCGCGGCUGUGCCCACCGAGCCGGUGGGGCUGGGGGCUGCGCUGGGGUCCCUGCAGCCUCCCCCUUCCACCCCCUGCAUCCUGGUGCUCAACAAGGCCGAUCUCCUGAAGGGAAACGGGGGGUCCCUGCGUGCUGCCUGCGCCCAAGGACACCCCCUGCCCCCCAUCACCUUCCUCUCCUGCAAGACGGGCGAGGGGCUCGACCACCUCCUGGCACUGCUGGCACAGGAGCUGGCGCGGCUGUGUGGAGACCCCCUCUCGGGCUCGCCCAGCCUGACCCAGGGCCGGCACAGCCUCCACCUGCGCCAGUGCAUGGCAGCACUGGUGCAGUACAGCCAGGAGCGCCGGAGCGACCUGGGGCUGGCAGCUGAGCGGCUGCGGCUGGCACGGAGGCACCUGGGCAGCAUCACCGGGCACGUGAGCACCGAGGACGUCCUCGACAUCAUCUUCAGGGACUUCUGUGUUGGCAAGUGAGGAGCACGACAUGGGGGUCCCUGGCUGCGGUGCUGCCGGCUCCGGUGCCGCCGGCGUGGAGGACCUGCGCUCUGUUGAGCUCCAGGCUGGCAUUAAACCAUGGUGCCUUUUGUGGCUCUGGCGUC